AGUUUCAGAGUCGACUGAAGCAGCUCCAUUCAGUCCAAACCUUCCUGCAAGGGGGAGUGAGAAUGUAACUGGAACCAGGCUGCUGUAACGGAGCAGGCUGGUCAUGGGGGCUGUCCAGGGGAUCUUUACCUUCACAGGCUGUAUGUGCAGCAAUGCUACGUGUCCAGUUUGCAGCUGCUGUCCAAGCAGCAGGAACUCCACAGUGACCAGAAUCAUCUACGCUUCCAUCCUGUUGCUGGGUACCAUUGUUGCCUGCAUAAUGCUCUCACCAGGGAUGGAGCAGCAACUCAGAAGGGUUCCAGGUUUCUGUGAUGACACGGAAGGCUUCUUUAUUCCAGCCCAUCAGGCAUACUUGAAGUGUGAGAUGUUGGUGGGCUACAAAGCAGUGUACCGCUUCUGCUUCGGCAUGAGCAUGUGGUUCCUGAGCUUCUCCAUUUUUACACUUAACAUCAAGACCAGCAGAGACCCUCGUGCUUCCAUACACAAUGGAUACUGGUUCUAUAAGUUUGUUGCCUUGGUGGCAAGUACAGUUGGUGCCUUUUAUAUUCCAGAUGGGCCUUUCACCUACACGUGGUUUGUCAUAGGCUCUGGAGGAGCUUUCUUUUUCAUUCUCAUCCAACUGGUGCUGCUGGUGGACUUUGCUCACUCAUGGAAUGAGUCUUGGGUGGAAAAUAUGGAGAAAGGCAAUUCCAGAGGCUGGUACACAGCUUUGAUGGCCGCCAUGACCCUUAACUACGUCACUGCGUUUACUGCGGUUGUAUUGUGCUUCAUCUUCUACGCCAGACCUGAUGCUUGCUUCAUCAACAAGUUCUUCAUCAGCUUCAACGUGAUGUUGUGCAUCGUGGCCUCUGUAGUUUCUGUGCUACGCAAAGUACAGGAAUUUCAGCCACAUUCAGGACUUCUGCAGUCGUCUUUCAUCACCCUGUACACAGUGUUCUUGACUUGGUCUGCUAUGACAAAUGAGCCUGGUGAGAAUAUAUAUUCAUAUAUAUGUUUUAGCAAGGAGAUUGCUCCAUAUAUUGAUUUAUAGAUUCCAGACUUGAACAAAGCUGACACCAUUUCUUGAAUUUUACAGAAAACGUGUCACGAUUGAGUUGUGUUGAGUUUAUAGUUUUGAUUCAUUUGCUAUCCAUAUUAUUCUUAUUUUGAUGAGAUCAGCCUUGUUGGGGCUAUAUAGCAAAGCAUAGGAGGCAUUUCAGCUGACUGUUCAGGUUCAAAGUUGUUGCUUUUAGAAAAAUAUGGCCAUGUUCCUUAAGGUCUUCUUAUUAUUUAAUUUUAUUAUUUUUGCAUGCUUCUUGUGAAGAACUCAAAUAGGAUGGUGUUUACAGACACAUCAGUUGGUCAGUGAUCUAUCUGGCUCUGGUCUGCUCACUCGUUCCCAUAAACGUGUUCUUUCAGGCUGAAUACAGAAGUGAUUCAAUGGA